UUCAGUUGGACUGUAGACGCCUCGCCGAACGGUCGUAUCGUUGUACGACGAAAAACGCGCGGACAGAUCUAUUUAAUAGUGAUCUUUUUUUAUUGUGUUUAAUUUGUGUAGUGCUAUUGUGGAUUUAUUGGUGUAUCACUGGACCUGCGCACCCAACAAGAAUGCGUGCUGAUGUAAAAUUAUAAGGGCAGACCAUGCUAAGGACGUGAUGACAACGCGCCACUGACGGCAUUGACUGACGACAAAAUGAAAUGACCAUGGAAUCCCCAGUCAGAAUAUGUUUAGGUGCAGCAUUAGUAGUACACUUACUACUCUUGAGCAGCACCAUAGUGAGUGGAAAUGCGUUACCUCACGAAACGACCUCGACUGCGGUGAAAGACGAGACGAAUCCACGAACUGGAAGAACAAACACUACAGCCUGGGUGCCUAGACAAAAUGUCAAAAGCCCAGACGUAUCCCUCAAUGAACUUAGCCCUAAGGAAUCACCAACGGAAGAAAAUACAGAAAAAAAUGCUAAAUAUAAACAUAGAGGUAGGGUACGAUUCAACCCACAAGCAAAGUCUACAACAGAAUCUAAUUUAAGAAGAGUUAAAUCUACAACAGAAACUCCUAAUGUUAUAAUAGUUACUCCAACACCUGAAGUUAAAAAGCCAGCGCAAAUUAUAGAUAGCAUGAGAACUUACAAAAGAACUAAGAUGCCCGUAGUGUCCACCACUGCGUCUAGUACAACAAGUUCCAGUUCUACAAUAAGAACGUCAACUAUGCCUUUGACUAAAAUUGUGAAAAAAGAAGUCGAAAGUCAUAGUGAAGAAGAGGAAGAGUAUGAAGACGAAAAUGAAGAAGAAAAAGAAUCACUUGAAAAGUAUAGUUCCAGUGAUUUUGAUAGUAAUUUCUUUACUAUACCCAGUUAUAAUGAUUUCCCGGGAUACCAAAAUUCGGACACGAAAAUUAAAGAUUUCAGUAGUCCUUCGUUUGGUGGAUUUUCUACAUUUUUUCCAUCUUUUGGACCCAAGGAUAAAGAUCAUGAAUCAUACAGCUCUGAUAGUUUUUUUGAUUUCGGUUCAGAGCUAACAACUCCAAAGAACGACUUCUUUGAUAAGAAGUUUCAAGAAAUAUCCGAAAGUAUUCAGAAAAAAAUAGCUUAUAGUGCACCUAAAUCAAAAUCAAACUCAACUAAUGUACAUAUUAUAAAAGAAAAUAUAGGAUUAGAAAGAUUAAAUAAUAAUACACCGAGUAAUAAAUCGACAGUAUAUAUAAAAAAUACCAAAGAAAUACGUCUGCUAGACAAUGAAGGUGCUGGCACAGCAAAUAAAGAGCUCUCUGAUGUUCAGGGUACAAGUAUUUACUAUGAAAUGUCUGUGCUCUCUACAGAAACUUAUGCUAUUAAUUCUGAUGAUGAUUGUGACAACGACACGUCACCCACGGCUAGCACAUCGGCUGAAGAAGAACUUGCUCCACUGAAAGGAUCUACAAAACCAAUAUAUUCUGAUCCUCUUCCGUUAAAGCACUCUAAACGUAACUAUCCAGAUCCAAUAAGUAAAUCAACAAGUAGUACAAAGCCAACGUUGGGAUCGAUAAACCCGACAUAUUCAAACAUCAGUUCUGAAACAAUAUCAACAUUAUCAUCCCAUUUCUUACCCGUUUCUAGUUUAAUACCCGAUGUUUACAAUUCAAUCAGCCCAGUUCCAAUUUCAACUCAAAAUUCUGUUUACAGUCUGCCUUCAACUCCAAGCCCUAUAAAUGGGGUAUCUUCUAAUGGGGUAACAGAUAGAACAAUUAAAAUUUACUCAUCAUCAUUUACUAGAAAUAGAAGUUACUCGAAACGGCUUAAUUUGAACGGGACAAGAGAUUCUCCAAACAGCGUGACGUCAAGUACAAAUACAACUUCAGUGUCGAGUAAACCACAUACUCGAAGAUUUCAUCAUACUACCCCGAAAAAUAAAGCAAUAUGGAUGGCACCACGAAGAAAUAUAACGAGAGUUCUUCCUACACGCCCUACAACUAUUUAUUCUGAACAUUUUAAUAUAAGAGAUAAGUAUUCAUCGACUCCACGAAAUCAUCAACCAAAUAAAACGACGUUGACAACGGUAUCUUCUGAUAUUGACCCAGUUCUGCAAACGGAUAUAGGUGGUGUUGAAAAGGUAGUACACUCUCCAUCAAUAUCAGAUAAUAGUAUUCCCUCUGUAUGGAAAAGAGGAUCUACAAAAUAUACAACAUCAACGUCAACUUCAUCAGAAACUGGGGGAAUAAGUGACCUAGAGAUUCCUCCGACCUUGACAGCGUGGGCACUGGCAAGUUUAAGAAGCCCACCAGUUUUAGCAAGUGCUACAAACGUGACGGUAUCCACACAGAAGAGUUUCGAUGAAAACGAACUACAAAAAGUUGGAGACGUCACAGACAAAAAGGAAAUAUUAACAGGGACUUCAACCACAGUACCGAAUACUUUGAACAACGAUAUCGAAACUAAAAAAACAAUAGAAGUUGAGCAAAAUAAGCUUCCGUGGAGACCAAUAUUCUCUCCUACCAAACCUAAGACUACCACGAAAUCUGAUACUCCACCGAAAAAAUCAGAAUCUUUGCCUGCUGAGAGCGUGAUUUCAGUUCAGAGUAGUGCAAAACCAGCGGAAACAACAGAUAAUGUAAGCCCUCAAACAACUAUAUCGCCGAAAGAGAUUUCUGAUACACAGACUUGGGUUCCUGUUACCAUGCAAGUAGAACCAACAACAGAAUCAUCAGAAUUAAAAACUGUACCUACAGUUGGGGCAACAAGAACUACUAGCUUUGAAUCUAUAACAAAAUUACCUACAGGUGUGACUACCCCUCAAGAUGAAACACUUGAAAAAUCUGAACAGAAGAAUCACCCUACGAUUCAAGACAUGCAGACCCCAACUACAACUGACUUUGAAAUAACAACAAUUAGAUUCUCUUAUGUUCCAACUGAAGAACUAACAGAAAGUACCGAGAGUAGUGAAACAUCAACUUCAAUACCUAUGACUAAUACAAAUUGGCAUGCAGUUUUCCCUACAAGAACUAGACAGACUACUAUUAAAGAUGAGCCAAUAACAACUUACAGACCUAUGUAUACAACCUCAGAUGAGAUUGAAGAGACCACUAUUUUACAAACAGAUACUUCAACGUCUGUAGAUGUUUCAUCAGAAGAAGUUACUAUGACUGAAAAAAUAGCCAAUAAUGGAACUGAAAAAAUUGAAUUAAUGAAUCAAACCAAUAUAACAUCUGCCAAUGUUAACUCUGAAACAACAUCAUCUGUAGAACUUGUGACUGAUGAAAUAACAACAACACCUACUAAUGAAAUGAUUCUACCUCAUGAAACUACUACUUUACUUGAAACAACCAUACAUCCUGAAACUACUUCGAUUGUAACUGAAAUAGUAACAGAAAUAAAUACAGAAAUCCAAACAAAAACCAGUACUGAAACAAUGAGUACUACAGAAACGUCUGCAGAAAUACAGGACACGGACUGUACUUCUGAGGAAAACAGUGACAGUAACGAAAUCAUUACUCAGGUAUCUCCUAAAUUGACUACGGUGCCUAAAAUAUCAUUGGAAACUACUACUACUCCAAAAAUUACAACUGAAGUUGAAGUUGAGACUACAACAGAAAUAACGACUGUUGAAGAUGAGCUAACUACAGAUAAAAAUGCAAAAAUUUAUGAAACUACAACUGUCCCUACGACUACUCAAGAUCAAGAAGAAUCUACGACUGAUUCUAGUACUCGAUCAGUGAGUGAUCUGGAGGAUGUUAGUAGUUACAAUGGGGAUAUGACUACAGAAGCCAAUGCUAGAGUGACGGGUGUGGAUGAAGACACAGGGUCAGGAGCGGCAGUGGCGAUUGCAGUCAGCACUAUUGGUGUCAUUGCUUUGAUUCUACUGAUAGGACUGUUGCUAAUAGUUCGCCGCCGUGGACGCCGUGGCGUAUACGCCCAGCGAUGCACUCCGGUAUCGCUUGACGCUUACAGUUUGGACAGCGUCAGCGUGGGUCAUAGGAAGGGGAAUCACCGGCUGCGAGCUAGCAAGAGAAGCUACGGCAACCCGGCUUAUGAUGACGAGGUCACAUCUCAUCCUAUGCAAUACGCGGCUCUUGCCAACUUCGCAAUGGAUGUUGAGUCAAUGACGGCAGAAUUUACCGAGAUUCCAUCAGUGACCGUGAGACCCGAUGAAGUACCGCAUGGCUGCGAAGACAAGAACAGAUACUCGAAUGUGCUGCCCCUCCCUGAGACCAGGGUCCCCUUGAAGAGGAUGGGCAAUGACCCCACUUCAGAGUACAUCAAUGCUAAUUAUAUAACGGGCCCCGGCAACAUACGGAACUACUACAUAGCGUGCCAGGCGCCACUCUCCAACACCGUGGUGGACUUCUGGCGCAUGAUCUGGGAGCAGAACUCUAGACUCAUCGUCAUGCUCACCGAGUACAUGGAGAACGGAGUGGAAAAAUGUUACGAAUACUUACCACCAUCAGAAGUAUCCGACAACCGCCGUACCUUCGGCGACUAUCAGAUUAUCUUGAAGAAACGGGAGCAACGUGACAAAUACGCCAUCUCAACGGUCCAGCUCAUCAACCUUGGCACCAGGACUUGGCGGGAAGUCACCCACAUGUGGUACUUCUGGCCGGCUAAGGGAGUUCCUGAUGAUUACGAUUCUAUCAUUGAUUUUCUGUCAGAAAUGAGGAGUUAUAUGAAGAUCUCGCAGACUGCUAAGGAGUAUGAUGAAGAGGGAGUAGAAGUAAUCUACGGUGACAUGAACCGUUCUUCCUUCGGGAACCUGUCCAAACUGCGCAGUGACGACAGCGGAUCCGGAAACGGCCUCAACGUGUACUCUCCAGCGAAGGCCGAGGAGCAGAUGAGAAGGGGCAAUGUAACCAAUGGAACGCUGGGAAGAAUGAAAACUGCUUCCGAGAUUGAGGGUAUCCGUCCGUGCGUAGUGACAUGCGCAUCGGGCGCGGGCCGGUCCGCGGCGCUGAUCGCGGCGGACGUGUGCGCGCGCGCACUGGCCGCCGGCGCCGCCGACGUGCCGCGAGUGGUCCGGGAGCUGAGAGCGCAGAGACCACAUUCCUUGUCUAACAGGCAUCACUAUAUUUUCUUAUACAAGGUGCUCAGUGAAUACGGCAACAAACUGAUGGGCGGCGGUGUUGACACGAUAUAAAGAGCAUCAAUGUGUAAACGAAAAAUUCGCACAUACGAGGUAUUCUUUAAAUUGUACAUAUAGGUUCUUUAUAUAAGCGAAACGCACAGGAGCUUGUACCUUAUAGAAUUUAGGCUUUAUUUGAGACACUAUAUAUGAACGGACUACAUACUUAUAUUCCGAAUUACAACAUCCAAUAUUAGCAGCUUCUUGUCUUGAAAAUUAUUCAUUUGUAUAAGCUAUAGGGUACAGUUUCUGCGUAUAGUUUAGUAUUGGCACUUCUGUUACCUAAACAUGGAAUUGAUAAAUUGAAUAGAUAGAUUAUUUAGAAUCGAUUGGCGCAAUGUUCCUAGUUAUUGCUUUAAAACUUGUUAGGUUUGUUUGUAAUAAUUAGGCUCUCUGAAUUAAAAUUGUUCCAACUAUAACUUAUGAAUUUACAAAAUCCAUUUCUUUGAUUAUUAUUUUCUCAUCAGCAAAAUAAAGUACAUUAACAAUAAUUUCCUUUUAGUUUCAUUUAGAAUAGAAUUAUAAUUUCUAUAUUUAUUGGUUAAUAAUUUUUAUACCGUAGUAUUCUCUGUUCAAAUGAAUCAUCUCCUAGAAAAGAUGAUUCAUCUGAAACUGUAUCUCAUGCUUGUAUGUAAUUUUGUGGUGUUGAGAUUUCAUCUUUACUGUCUUACUUAAAUACCAUACUUAUAUUGCUUUUUUAGUUUUCAUAAUGACUACGGAUUUUGUAGACCAUUUGUAGAAUUAGGAAUUGAUGUAUUCCAGUACAGUCUCUCUUUAUUGUAUGAUUGUAGCUGUAGUUUAGUUCUUAUUGAGUUAUCAUGAAAAUUUUUGAAAAUUAAAUAAAUUUUGUAACAUUUAAAGCGAAAUAUAAUGAAAAUUUUCAACAGGUUAGAGUAAGUAGUUCUGCUGAUAAGUUUAAAAGAUGUGCAGGUUGGGUAAAUGGUGCUUAUGGCAUUCUUAAAUAUAAAAUAAUAAAUAAAUAAUAAAUAUUUAUACCAUGUGCUGUAAAAUUCACUAUUUGGAUUAUACCAAAGCUUUUAUGUUAAAAAUUAGAUCUCUAAAAUUGAACGCUCAAAAAAUAUUUUUGUGACAAUACCUAUAUUUUACGGAAUAGAAAAUUAAUUUUAUAAUAUCUGUCCUGUUAUUAGAGAUUAUUUUAGGUAACGUUAUGUUUGUAUAUAAGAUGAUUUUAUUUCGAACAAUUUUUAUAAUAAUUGCGCUAGUCUAAUACUUUUAUUUUAAUAAUUAAUUUGUUCUAACAUUCCUUGAUGGCAAAGCAAUGAUUUAAUAACUACUUUAUAACUUUAAUGCAUAAUUUUCACAUAAUACUAGCACAACUAGUUCCAUAUCAGUUGGUCCACGAAGGAAACGUGAUUAUAGUAUCUACUGAGAUCUACUGUGAUUUCUUAUUAACACCAUCCUUAGAUAUUCACUACAUGCAAACAGCAAAAAAAAAAUACUCUCUUAUGAUACAACUUUUUGUAUAAAUUUAUUACUAUAACAAUGCAAAACAUUCAAUAGAUGGUUUCAAAUGAAAACAUAGUAUUGAUUGUUGUUUUUUUUUUUUGUUAAAUCGUUGUUAAUUUACUUGUUAUUUAUUAAUAAAUUUAAUCAUUGAAUAAACAGAUUAAUACAGAACAUAAUAUCAAAGCAUUUAAAAUAGAAAAUUAAUAAAAAAUGCACUGUUUUAUCCCACACGUUAAAGUAAGUUUUAUAAUAAUUUAAGUUUAUUGUAAAAAUAUGUUUGACCAAAAAUGAGUAUACAUUUAUAAUAUACAUGUAUUUAUAAUAUAUAGGAUUUUAAAUAUACGAUUUACGACGAAUACAAGAAG